AGAUUGUGACGUAUAUGUGGAGUGUCUAUAAUCUAUAUUCAUUAUAAAAUUAAUUUUAAUUUUAUUGUUCACGAUAUAUUUAUUGAGAUUUGAUUUUUUUGCCUUAUCCAAAAGUAUAAAAUAUCAUUGAUAAUGUCUGUUAAACGUAAUACCUAAGAUGUCCGAGAAGUCGGAAGAAAUCAAUACAAUUGAGUUUGAUCCUAUCCUCCCUGAUUGUGGUAUUCUGUUCUUCGAAGAAUGCCCAACUGAAUACGAGAUACAGCGGCCUAUAUUACUGCCUUUAAAAUCUACAACGCAACUGCAUUUCGAACAACUACAACAAGAAGCGGAAAGAGUACGAAAGGAGACAAAUAAAAGUGCUAAACAAGCCUCAUGAAUUGGAUUUAAUAUAAUUUAAUAAAUAACAAUGGCUUACAUACUGUUCGUAAUAGAAAUAAUAUCGGCAUUCAUUUUAGCAGCUACAUUACUCUAUAGAUAUGGAGAUUGCUACAGGAAUCACAUUCUGGUCACAGUGUCAGUCCUCAUUGCUUGGACUUUUUCAUUUGUUAUUAUGUUUAUACUGCCCCUGGAUGUGUCAUCGACCGUUUACCGUCAAUGCCUUCAAGAAGACAACUCAACAAGCCCUGUUGUAUUUCAAACCAAUGUAUCCAGUACGGAGUCCCCAGUGCCAGGCCAUUGUCAGAAACCAUGGAGUUUUGUACCGGGGUCUGUAUUCCCGAACCUCUGGAGAGUUGUGUAUUGGACAUCACAAUGUCUGACUUGGCUGAUUAUGCCAAUAAUGCAGUCAUAUAGCAAAGCCGGAGACUUCACUGUGAAAGGCAAACUAAAAUCAGCAUUAGUUGAUAAUGCAAUAUAUUAUGGAUCAUACUUGCUUAUAUGUGGAAUCCUUCUUAUAUAUAUUGCCUUGAAACCUGGCGUUUAUUUAGAUGGGCCUAAAAUAAAAGCAAUAGCAUCUUCGGCAAGUAACACAUGGGGUCUGUUUCUAUUGAUUUUGCUACUUGGUUAUUCGUUAGUUGAAGUACCAAGGAAUCUGUGGAAUAACUCAAAGAAGAACUACACUCUUACGUACAGUUAUUUUAAAAUAGCAAAACUUAGUACAGAUAAAUGUGAAGCUGAAGAAACUGUGGAUGAUAUUUUGGAUUCAUUAAACUCUGUAAUAGCGGCUGUUGGACCUGGUCAUCCAUUACACCGUCAUGUUGAGACAAUAGUACAGAAGUUGCCUAUACAGCUAAGGGAUAGACUCAAUUCCCGAGUGGCUCCAGAAAGACCUACGCCACCGUCAUUUAAGUCUCUUGUCAAUUUGCACAAGAAGACGAUAAAAGCACUGCACGUGCUGCAACGCACGGAGACGCAGUGGGGGCUGAUGCUGGAGCGCAUCCUGCACCUGGAGGACGUGGCGAGCAGCGCGCGCGCGCCGCUCCGCCGCUUCCAGCACGCCUUCCACACGCCGCGCCCGCGCCCCCUCCGCCUGCUCUACCCGCCCCUACUCGAGUGGUACUGGGAGUGCCUGCUGCGGCCGUACUUCCUGAAGUCGCUGGCGGUGGUGACGGGGCUGCUGUCGCUGGCCGUGGUCUGGUCGGAGGUCACCUUCUUCUGCAAGAAGCCUGUGCUCUCCAUCUUCGCCAACAUUGUGAUCGCUGCUAAGGAUACAUAUAAUUAUGCUGCUAUUGUGUGGGUGUCGACAUUAAUAAUCGGGUACAUGUUCUACUGCGCGUACUCGACGGUGCUGAAGAUCCGCGUACUGAACCUGUACUACCUGGCGCCUCAUCACCAGACCAACGAGUACAGCCUCAUCUUCUCCGGCAUGCUGGUGUGCCGCCUCACGCCCGCCAUGUGCCUCAACUUCCUCAGCCUCGUGCACAUGGACUCGCACGUCAUCAAGCAGCGCGUCAUGGAGACCUACUACACGCAGAUAAUGGGUCACAUGGACGUGCUGGGUAUCAUAGCGGAGGGGUUCAACAUCUACUUCCCGAUGCUGGUGGUGCUGCUCUGCGCCGCCACCUACCUCUCCCUCGGCAGCCGCCUGCUCUCGCUCUGCGGCUUCCAGCAGUUCGUGGGAGACGACGACCUCACCACCGACCUCGUUGAUGAAGGACGGGAAAUCGUUAAACGAGAGAAACGCAAGCGGCAGCGCGCGGAGGAGUCCCUGUCGCGGCGCCGCGACUACAGCGAGCGCUACAACUACCGCACGCGCGAGCCGCACGACGCAGCCCACACCGGGCUAUUGAAUGACGUGGACUCAGAUUACUACGUGACGCCGAGCCCGGACCGAGCCGGCUCGUACCAGCAGGAGCCGUACCGCGGACUCGCCGGCUCGUACCAGCGCGCGGAGCUCCCGUACCAGGAUAUAGACCAGAGGUUCGGGGACAGCACUCUGCCUUCUAUCAGGACGGAGUUCGAAGAACGGAGGAGAGACAAAAUGACGAUGCCCCCUCGAGGGCUAUUCGACGACGUUUAGUAAUAUAAGUGUAAUGAGCAAGUUUUUUUAUGUACAAUUAUGUACUAGGUAUAGAAUACUCUGCUAAAUGUUUAAAAAAGUUUCAUUUCAAACAACUUGAUAAUUUAAAGUGCAAUGUUUAAAAAUAUAAAAAAAAAAUGAAAUUGGUUAUUUCUUAGGGCAGAAGUGUUAAGCUUUAAGUUUUUUAACAUGCGUGUAUCUACUUUGCAUAUAGGUUUCUAUAGAAUUAUUUAAAAUUUAUGCCUUAGUUAUUUC